AUGAAGACAACUUCCCGCCUGCAGGUGUCGGGGAAGGCACCCCUUGGUGGGAUUGGCCUCCGCCACAGUGCCAAGCGGGACCGAAAGUCCAUCACCCUGCAUAUGAAGUUAGAGGUGCUUCGGAGGUUUGAGGAAGGUGAGAAGUUGACUCAGAUUGCCCGGGCCUUGGGGCUGGCCACCUCUACCGUCGCCUCAAUCCGUGUCAACAAGGACAAGAUCCGGGCCAAUUCCCAGGCAGCCACACCUGUCAGUGCCACGCAGCUGACCCGCUGCCGGGGUGUGGUGAUGGGCCAUAUGGAACGCUUGCUGAGCCUAUGGAUUGAGGAGCAGAAGCGGCAGAACCUGCCCAUCAGCACACUGCUCAUCCAGGACAAGGCACGACGGCUCUUUGUGCAGCUGCAGCAUGAGCAGGGCAGUGGCACUCAGGCUGAGACCUUUGGGGCCAGUAAUGGCUGGUUUGCCCGAUUCAAGGCUCGCAACAAUGUGCUUUUGACAGAUGAGCCAGCUGUGGCUGACACCCAGGCUGCUGCCCACUAUCCCCCAGUGCUGCGCACCAUUCUGGAGGAGGGCUGUUACUCACCACACCAAGUUUUCAAUGUGGAUGAGACAGGCCUGUUCUGGAAGCGGCUGCCAGAGCGCAUGUUGCUGGCACUGGAGGGGGCAGCCGGGCCUGGCCUCAAGGCCUCUAAGGACCACUUGACCCUGCUGCUUGGUGGCAACGCAGCUGGUGACUUUAAACUGAAGCCUCUGCUAGUGUACCCCUCGGAGAAUCCACGUGCCCUCAAGGGCUGCUCCAAGGCUAGCCUUCCUGUGGUCUGGCGCUCCAACCGCAAUGACUGGCUGACACCCAGCAUCUUCCAGGAGUGGUUUACUGGCUGCUUCUGUCCUGCUGUAGAGAGCUACUGUGCCAGCCAUGGCCUCCCACACCGUGCCCUAUUGCUCCUGGAUGGUGCACCCUGCCACCCUGCUCACCUGGGUGGCCUCUCAGCCCACGUGAGGGUUGAGUUCCUGCCCAAGAACACAUCGGCCCUGAUCCAGCCCAUGAACCAGGGUGUCAUUGCCACAUUCAAGGCCUAUUACCUGCGCCGCACGCUCAGCCAGCUGGUCCAGGAGACGACUGGUGAAGACCGACCCUCUGUGCAGGAGUUCUGGCGCAGCUAUACUGUCGUGACUGCUGUGGACAAUAUAGCUGAAGCCUGGGCAGAGCUGCAGCCUGCCACCAUGAACAGCGCCUGGAGGAAGCUCUGGCCUGAGUGUGUCCCUGCUGGCACCCCUGAGCCUGACACUGUGCCUCAGCUCCGCCGCAGCAUUGUGGCACUAGCUCGGCAUGUGGGCCUUGGAGAUGCAGCUGAGGCUGAUGUUGCCAGCCUGCUGCAGGCCCAUGGGGAGCCCCCACCCCACAGCAUCCCCCAGGAUGCAAAGGAUGGGGACAUGAGUGGUUCUGGGCUGCCCUGGGAGACAGGGAAUGGCCUGGUCUCUAGAAAACAAGAGCCAGAUUUCACAGAGGCUGUGGUGGGUGCAGGCACUGAGGAAGCUGGUGUGGGUGCUCUGAGCCCUGAGCAUCUCGCCCAGGCUCUGUCUCACUUUGCUGCUGGUUUACAGGUCCUCAUAGAGAAUGAUCCAAACCGGGAGCGCAGCCUGCGGGUCUCCCGGGGUGUCCACUGUGCCCUUGCUCGCCUCCGGGAGCUACACCGGGAAAGGAGGCGACAGUCUCGGGCAGCUGCAUCCUCAGGAGGCCCUGUGGUGGUGGCAGCAAGGGAGUCGGCAGGAAGCCUGCCAUUGCUCCAAGUGGGUCCCAUAGAGGGUGGGCAAGUGGCUAAGGGCACAGGUCCUGAAGGCUUUGUAGGGACCCCUGACAGUGCUUCUGCAGCUUCUGCUAUGAAGAGGCAGCAGGGCCCUGAGAGGCCCUGGCCAGGCUAUGAGACCUUUGCUGCUGGUGAAUGA